AUGGUGGAUCGCAUAGACACUCUGCACAAUGUGCAGUUAUCCUUGGCAAUUUUUUCCACACCUUUGCUGCCUACAGCCAUUCUCUACUCACAGAAAUCGGCUGCCCCCUCGGGUGUCAACAUUGUGGAAUGGAUCCACCUUCCGCAUACUCCACCGCGUAACAUUUAUUCCUCUCCAGCGGCUGUAAUGGAUUUGGGAAUAUACACCGGCUGAGAUUCAUUUUCGAAAAGCAGAGCCUUUGGCUCGCCCUUUGUAUCUUACAGACAGCUACCUGAUCCAACAUGGCAUGGUCCUGUGCCACUCAUCUCCUGGGGACGCGGCUACGCGGCAGUGGACCUGGAUGGACGGCCUACCUGGUUACCAGCGCGCUGUGUGCGACCCUGGCGAGCUUCUGCCUCGGAAGUGA